UUUUUCUUCCUCAUCAAUCUUCUGUAUUCUUUUUUAUUUUUUUCUGAUCCCUAACCAGAUUCUUCUUUCUGUGCUCCUGAUCUUCGUCUCGGGCAUUCAGGUUUCGUCGGUUUUCUGCAUUUCAGCUCGAUUUUUCGAUUUGCAUUUGAUUCAUCUAGUCAAUGCGGGUGGACUUUCUCCAGAAUUAGAGUUCUAGUUUUGCAAUUCGGUGGUUUGGGCAUCCAAAGGAUGCAGUUUGGGAGGUCGUUAUGGAAUAAAAAUCGAUGCUCUUUUCUGGGUUUAGAUAGGAAUUUUUUACGAUUUCUUAGAUUUCGGUGUUUCUAGCAAAUUAGGGUCGAUUAAGAGCUUGGAUUCUGUUAUUUAGCGUUAUAUUAGGCUGAUUAUUGAAGAAAGUGAAGAUCUUCGGCUCUAUUGGAAUGCCAAUUUCGUGAAUCUAUUGAAUUUUUUGGGGAAUUGGUUUUGGUUGGGUUUUAUUUGAUUACGCGACAAUAAGUGCCGAAUUCGACACAAAUCUGAGUAAUAGGUAGCUGUGUUAAGCUCUUGGGUAUAGGUUGUUGAAUCAAAGUUAGAAGGAUGGAUCAUGUCAUUGGUGGGAAGUUCAAACUUGAAAGGAAGAUCGGCAGUGGAUCUUUUGGAGAGCUUUAUUUAGGGGUCAAUUUACAAACAGGAGAAGAAGUUGCUGUUAAGCUGGAAUCUGUGAAGACCAAGCAUCCACAGCUUAAUUAUGAGUCAAAAUUGUAUAUGCUUCUUCAAGGAGGAACGGGGAUUCCACACCUCAAAUGGUUUGGAGUUGAGGGGGAUUAUAAUGUCAUGGUCAUUGACCUUCUUGGACCAAGUUUGGAAGAUCUAUUCAAUUACUGCAACAGGAAAUUCUCACUAAAAACAGUGUUGAUGCUUGCAGAUCAAUUAAUAAACAGAGUAGAAUAUAUGCAUUCAAGGGGUUUUCUUCACCGUGAUAUAAAGCCUGACAACUUCUUAAUGGGCUUAGGACGUAAAGCAAAUCAGGUGUAUGUCAUUGAUUAUGGUCUUGCAAAGAAGUAUAGGGAUCUUCAGACUCAUAAGCACAUUCCAUAUAGGGAAAACAAGAACCUCACAGGCACAGCUCGGUAUGCAAGUGUCAACACUCAUCUUGGAAUUGAACAAAGCCGAAGGGAUGAUCUAGAAUCUCUUGGUUAUGUGCUUAUGUAUUUUCUUAGAGGAAGCCUUCCGUGGCAGGGCUUAAAAGCUGGAACGAAAAAGCAAAAAUAUGAUAAAAUCAGUGAAAAGAAGGUUUCAACUCCAAUAGAGGUGCUUUGUAAGUCAUACCCAUCUGAGUUUGUAUCAUAUUUCCACUACUGCCGAUCUUUGCAUUUUGAAGACAAGCCAGACUAUUCAUAUCUGAAGAAGCUUUUUCAAGACUUGUUUAUUCGAGAAGGUUAUCAGUUUGACUAUGUAUUUGACUGGACUGUGUUGAAGUAUCCACAGAUUGGUGGCAGCUCUAGAGGGCGGCAUUCAAGUGGAAGACCAGGUUUAACUGGACCAUCAAUGGAAAGACCGGAGAAAAUCUCAGUUGGAAGAGAGAUUCGAGAGAGAUUCUCUGGUGCAGUUGAAGUGUUUUCCAAAAGAAAUGUUUCAAGUUCUACUCCUACUCCACACGGUGAUCAUUCCAGGCACAAGACUACCGAGGAUGUGCCUUCAACUAAGCGUGUGAUUUCUUCUGAUAACAGCAAAGGCGUAAGUUGCAAACUUAGAAGCCUUCUAUACCGGAUGUUAUUUCGGCGGUCGUGUUGGAAUUAAAUCCAGCUUCUUCGAACCUAAUUACAAGUUCCGUAUAGUUUGAGAUUAACAGAAACAUGUACACACAGUCUUCUAUGUCUUCCAUUUUGCUCGUAUAGUUGUUACAGCUUAGAUAUGGUCACCUAUCUAAAUCUUAUUUCUUCUUUUUUAGUCUUUGCAUGGAAAUUAUAGCAGAAGUCAUUUAUUGAAUUCGAUUCUUUCUUUUCUUUACUAUUUCAGCAUCAUGAUUUGGAAAGACGACGGUAUGGCAGCACUACAAGAAAAGCCAUAACCUCAAGCAAGCCAAGUUCAUCUGGUGAACUGGGUGAGGUUAAUACAAACCGGAUGGUCUCAGCUGGGGGUCGGCAGGCAACCACACAAAGAAUCUCUGGGUAUGAUUCCAGAACUUCUACUCGCCAUGUCAUUGCUAGAGGUAGUCGUGAUGAUCCCCUUAGGAGCUUUGAAUUCCUCUCAAUAAGGAAGUGAUGGAGAAGCAUGUAAGGAGAUAUUACUUCUGUCCAAUGGAUAGAUACUCUGCGAAGUGAAGAGAGAUCUACAAAUUUAUUCUCAUCUAUGUACAUGUGGCCCUAAUCAAUGUCAUCACAGGUUAAUUCACCUUUCUUACCGCAUUUCCAAUCUUUUCUGUACCCAUUUGGUUUUCCCCUGAGAGUUUGCGGCCAUUGUAAUGUGUUUUAGACACCUUCAACAGAGAAUUUGGAUCGGAAUUUUGUUUCAUGAUAUGAGACAAAUAGCUUAAAUAAUGGUACUCUAUAUAUCUACUUCACCUGUUCUGGAAAACAAACAAAUCUGCUUCUGGUUUUAGUGAUGGAAGAUUGUAAUUUUAUUUAGGUUCUUUCUUCUAGUAAUUGUAAUUUGUUUUCAAACAUGUCAUCAAAUAAAUAGAAGCAUAUUUG